AUGAAUUUGAUUGAUGAAAAAAAGAAAUACAUUAAAAGGGUAGCUAACGAUCAAACACCAUUUCCAACAUACAAGAGACGUGAAGGAGUCACAACAACGUACUUAUACACAUUAGUUGAAACAAAAACCGAAUCUAUGGUUCUAAUUCAAACAUUUAUGAACUACUCUUAUGUAACAAUUGUAGAAGGAGGUGGAGAAAAAACAGUUUAUGCAACAACUGAAACAGUUGAACUCUCAAAAACUGAAUCUUACACAAUAAUUAACACAACAGUUGCAUUUGAGACGUACAAGAAGUGGGAUGUACUUAAAAUAUCAUUGCUUGUUGUUGGAGACUUGAUUCUUAUUGGUUUAAUCGCUCUUGCAAUUAUUUGUUUGAUUAGACAUAGAAGAAAGCUGAGAACACGUGAAGUUGUUGAUAUCGGUGAUGUACCAAGUGAAUCUGAUGAUAUUCCACAAGAUUUCAAAGUUAAAAUUGACACAGAAACUCAUAUUAUUUUAUAUGAGAGUCAAGAACAGAAUUUCCCUUAUAAAACCGAUACAGAUAACGAAGAAGAAUAA